AUGUCGAUCAUAGACUUGCCUGAAAUUUCAUGGAGUUUAAUGAACUUCGAGAUAUCGAACGAAGCCAACAUUGAAUUUUUUUUCCUUCCACGAUAUCAUAAACUCACACCUCUUCGUAGUGAAACAUUACUUACAAACUUAGUAACAACGGACAUAUCCCCGCUUGUCGUGAGGCACCCUUUUUCAGAUAGCAGCGAAGAAAUUUUCAAAUUAGGCCCUUCGCUCAACGAUGAUGAUUUAAAACGGUUUGAAGACAACCCGUUCUUGAAGUUUUAUCCGAUGGAAUGGAACAUUAGAAUCUCCCAACGCAGAGAUAACUCAAGAGUGCCCUUGUAUUUUUGA